GUGAAACAACAACAAUAGUGAGGAAAAAAAUAAAGCCAAGGCACUUGAAAAAAAAAACCAACAAGGCAACAACCAAAACAUAGUGGGGUUUUGGAGAGAGAAAGCCACAGCCAUAGAAAAAAACACACACAUAGAUAGAAAGAAAUCUCUCAAAAGGGGUUUUAGAGGGAGAAAAAAGGGUCGUUCUUGUGAGCGAGAAAACUGAGGAAAAAGAGUUGAUUUUAUGUCGGCAAGUUUAUUGGCUGUGAUUAGGGCUCCAAAAAAGCUCUGUUUUUUUAUAUCUAUUACUAUUUCUUGCUCUGUUGUUGCUGUUGGUGUUCUCUGCUGGUGUUUUCACCACGGGUUUCUUUCUUGUUUUCCAACUGUUUCGAUGCGUUUGAGGCCUAAAAGGACUUGCUCUGGUGUUGAAUGUUUUGGUGGAUUUCAUAUAAACCGGUUAUUUGAUCAUCUUUUCUUGUUUCUGAGAGGGCCUUUGACUUGAAACACCAGAAACCCAAAUCAAUUUUGGUUUAUAAUUUUGCCGGAAAUUUUAAUUUUCUAUAAAUAAAAAUAUAAAUUUUGGUUUUUUUUAAAGAGAUUUUUUGAGGCUAAAAAAGUGGUAGUUAUGAGUAACAAAAAAUCAAGAAACAGUUCCAAGAUAAUGGAACAAAACAAACCCAUGAGAAAAAUCCGGGUCAUUUGCUACGACCCGGAUUUGACUGAUUCAUCUGAUGACGAAAACCCCAACAAAAAACCAUUUGGGCUAAAAAAGAUUGUGAGAGAAAUCAAGAUUCCGGUGACCGGCGCCGGUGGAUGUACGGAAACGGUGAUGAAUAAGGAACCGGAGACUGAGGGUUCUUGUCAAGAUAGCAACAAUGGAGAAAAAUCUUUUGUGAAAAGAAAGAGGGUUUUGACCCAAACCCCUGGUCAAACCCAGCCGGUCUCGGGCUUGAAAUACAGAGGUGUUAGGCAAAGGAAAUGGGGGAAAUGGGCCGCUGAGAUUCGUGACCCGUUUAAGCAGAGGCGUGUUUGGCUUGGAACUUACAAUACUGCUGAAGAAGCUUCAAGAGCUUAUGAGGAGAAAAAGCUUGAGUUUGAAACCAUGGCUGAAGCUUCCAAGGGUGGUUCGAAUAAUGUUAAAACGACACCUGUGCCGUCGUCUGGUGCAGUGUCUCAAGCACAGAAACCGGCUGCUUCUGAGGAGUCGGUUGGUGUUAUUUCGCACAAAUCGCCCUCGUCUGUUUUGGAAACCGAAUCGUCCUCCGUUUUAACGAAAGUUAACGAAAUUGAACCUCAGCCGGUUAUUGAAUCAUUUGUGGUCGAAAAGGUGGAACAAGUGUUGGUUGAAGAAACAAUGACAUUAGGGGAAAUUGGUCAAGGGUUAGACAUGAAGUUGGAACUAGACUCAUUGUUUUUCGACAACUUUGAUAACCUCUUGGAUGGAUUUGGUGAUCUAGACGAUUUUCAGCUCUGCGGAUUUGACGACAGUGAAGCGUGUGCAUUGCCCGAUUGGGAUUUCGAUGAACUGAACCCGGAGGAACUUGCUUGGAUGAACACAUUGAGGAUUGAGGAGCCAUUGAUGAAUGAGCAGCCACUUAAUAUCGCUUGUCUAUGAGUUUUGCAGUAAUUAGGAGAGUGUUUUUCAAGGGGUUUUAAAAGAUCAUAUCACAUAAAUCCUCUUGUAAAACUAUGGUUUUGUUUACAUUAAUGAGUUGUUUAAUAUAAGUUUAUAUAUGUUUUUGUUGAAGUGCCCUUUGGGUUUUAUUGUGCUAUUAGAGCCGUCCAAAGGAGUGUUCUUGAGUUAAUGUUAUUGCAAGUGCUAAAAGACCAAGUAUUUAUCUAUUCUUUACCUAUUUUAAUCUGUUUUAGUGGUAA